AUGUCGGGGCAGACACUCAACGACCUUAUUGCUACCGUGUUCUUGCGAGCAUCGGACCCUCCUCCUCCACCCGCACCGCAACAGUUCGACCCGCGAGCACCCGAGACUUCCACCGCAGCCUCCUCCUCUUCCUCUUCCACUGCUUCAGACCCAGCCGAAGCAACACUUGCACUGCUCAAUCGAGCACAGCAGAUCGCGGACUCGAUCGGUGUUGUCUCUUCCAACGAUGCACUGCGUGACAUUUCCACCUCUUCCCUCCGCACGCUCUUCCUGCCCUCGCUCGCGGCUGAGCUUGAGUCGGCCGUUCGUACGGGCACCGACCUUACGGUACGCAAGCAAAGGCUCAGAUCAAGCCAGCAAGCUGCGGCAAAAUUCUUGAAUCGUAUCUUGGCGUUGGGUGUAGUGCCACCGACGACAAAGCAGAUGUUGGCGUGGACGUGGGCCAAUGUGACCCCCGACGAGCUGUCGACAAUUGGGCUCGACUCGAACCUCGUGGGUGGACAUGGAGGGAUGCCGCAUGCGAGGGACGUCAAAAUCGCAGUGUUCAAGCUGGAGCGAGCAUUGAAGGCCAACUUGGAGCAGUUCAGGGUGGCCUACCAAGCCAAGAAGAAGCUGGCGAAUGUCAAAGCGCCAUCCGACGUGUUUUACGAUCUGCUUCUCUACCCUCAGCCUCGCUCGGGUGGCGAUGAUGACGAAGAUGAAGGCGACGAGGAUGAAGACGACAGUCUGGGCGGUGACAACGAAACGGCCUCAACCACAGCACCUGGAGGAAUUGCCACUGUACGCCAAUACCUCCUCGCGAUGCUCAACCUGCACACACUAAAAGCAGCACAACUGGUCACCUCUGCAUCGCAAGAGCUCGAGCUCCUCCGAUCCAUGCCUCCUCCGCCGACUUCCACGUCCACCGCACCCUCCACCUCAUCGGGCGAGGAAUGGCGACUGGACCGCGGGCCCUCCUCGCUGCCCACCAGCGGCCCGCUCAUGGCUCCGUCGGGCAAAGUCCUGCGGCCCUUCACCAUCACCUCUUCCACCAAUCGCGCCGACAUCGCCUCGUCGGUCUUCCAGCCGUCCUACCGCCUGCCGACCAUGUCGAUCGACGAGUAUCUCGAGGAGGAACAGCGCCGCGGGAACAUCAUCCAGGGCGGGGGGCAGGCGUCGUACGAUGCACCUACGUCCACUGAGCAGCGCGUGCUUCGGAUGGAGCAGGACGGUACGAGGGAUGCCGCCGAGGCGGAGGAAGAGCAGCGCGCAAAGGAUCUUCACUGGGACAAUUUCACCGAACACAACAAACGCGGUGCUGGCAACACUAUGAACCGGGGCUAA